GGCAGGAGUCUGCAGCGACCGUGCUGGAGGUCGGCGUGCGGGGAAACACGGCUGAUUUCUGCUCCCACGGUUGCACUUCACAGCGGCAUGUUCACGCGAAGAGGGCAUGGAGACGUCAAGAAAUCUACACAGAAAGUUCUGGACCCAAAGAAGGAUGUUCUGACCCGGCUCAAGCACCUCCGGGCUCUUGUAGAUAUCAUUGACAAGCUGGAACUGAAGGCAUUCUUUGAGAGCAACUGCUCCCAGAUUUAUUUUAUCUUCUAUGAAAAUUUCAUUACACUGGAAAGUAACUUAAAGCAAAAAGGGAACAAAUCACAAAGGGAGGAGCUGGACUCUAUCCUCUUUAUUUUUGAAAAAAUCCUGCAACUUCUGCCGGAGAAAAUCUACAACAGAUGGCAGUUUCACAGUAUAGGUUCUAUCCUGAAGAAGCUUCUACACACUGGAAAUUCAUUCAAAAUACGCUGCGAGGGGAUUCGUCUCUUCCUGCUAUGGUUGCAGGCUCUUAGAGACAACUGUGCUGAGGAGCAGUUCCUCAUCUUUGCCUGUCUAGUGCCAGGAUUCCCUGCUGUUCCCUCCUCCAGAGGACCCUGCACUCUCGACACCAUCAUUUACAAUCCCUUCUCCACCCCCUCUGAUGCCAAGGUGGUGCCUGAGGAGAUUACCCCGCUGGUUCCGGCUGUGGUGGGAGAAAAGUCUGCAGAUGACCCGACCUGUUACAUCCUGGAAACACUACUCAAGUAUAUGGUCAUCCAGGCAUCCAGUUUAGAAUGGAGAGGCAAAGAGAAUCAGGACACUGGCUUCAGGUUUCUGUUCAGUCUUUUCAAGAAGUACUAUCUUCAGCAUCUAUUCCCCUCAUUCACCAAGCUCACAAACCUCUACAAGCCUUUGUUAGACCUCCCCCAUCACAGACCAAAACCCUUAUAUGUGCCAGUGACGCGGAACAACGAGAGCACAUUCUGCACGAGGGACCAGUAUCUGGCACCACGUGUGGCCUUCAUCACCUGGCUGGUCACCUUCUUCCUGGAGAAGAAGUAUGUCAGCAGUGCUGCUGCGGCGCAGAGCACCAAGAACGGCACAGAGGUCAUUCCCAAACUUAUUCAGACUGUCACUGCAGGCAGUAGCAGCCAGGAGAAGGAUAGAACAUCUGAUGUGGAUACGAACGGGCCCUCGGGGGAGCCUGACAAGAGCCACUCCAACAGCAGCACGUUGUCUGAUCGGCGGCACAGCGAUUCCAGUUUGUGUAGCAUUGAGGAAGAGCACAAAUACGUCUACGAAAUGGUGCAUUCCAUACUGCUGUCUACCAGGGACAACGUGAAUUUUGUCAAUGAGAUUUUCCACCAGGCUUUCCUGUUGCCAUCCUGUGAAGCUUCAGCAACCAGGAAGGUAAUCAAAGUCUACAGAAAGUGGAUCCUGCAGGAGAGGCCCAACUUCAUGACAGAGCCAGAUUCACCGACACAGGAAGAUGAAGUGGACGUCAGCGCUGAGCAGAUACCAGUCGUGGAGACAAAGACCGUACAAGUACAAGAUAAAACCACAGAGAAAUACUCUACAGCUUUGGAAACGCACGGUCACAAACGAUCAUCCAGCUGGGGGAGGACCUAUUCAUUCAGCAGUGCAAUCAAUCGGGGCUUUCUCACUGAGGGGCAGAACAGGGACGUCCAGGCUGGCAUCCAGCCCACACUACAGGUGUUCCUGACCAACUCAUCCAAUGUUUUUUUGUUGGAGCCGUGCCAGGAUGUACAGAAACUCCUGGAUAAUCAGGUUGAAGUGUGCAAGGGUGUUCUUAGCAUCUAUCGGCACAUGAUCAUGGAGCACACCAUGAGUACACAGACAUGGGAGCAGAUGCUGCAGGUACUACUGAGGAUCACAGAGGCAGUAAUGAAGAGGCCACAUGAAAACCAAAGAAAAGACAGCUUUGCUGAAAGUUUAGCGUCUAUAAUUUUUAGGACCAUAAUCGUGGCAUGGGUGCGAGCAAACCUCUGCGUCUUUAUCUCUCGGGAGCUGUGGGACGAGCUGCUGGCAGUGUUGUCUUCUCUCACCUACUGGGAGGAACUCGUGACGGAGUGGGCCAGCAUUAUGGACUCGCUGACGGCAGUGCUGGCACGCUCCGUGUACGGCCUGGACAUGGCAAACCUUCCUUUGGACAAACUCAGCGAGCAGAAAGAGAAGAAGCAGAGAGGACGCGGAGUGAGCCAGGACUACCAGAAGGCAGCAGCAGUCGCACGCUCUUUUUCACUGAGCUGGAGGAACCAAGGGGAGCAGGCCGGGCCGGGGACCCAGGAGCCCAUGAGGAUCCGCUCGGCCACCACUUCAGGAGCACCAGGUGUAGAAAAUGCCCGGAACAACGUCCGACAGAAGGCCUCUGCUAAGCGAAGCCAGUCCAUCAGCAACUGUGUUCAUCUUUACGAGGCUUUGCCCACUGCUAAAAGUGUUCCUAUGCUGCUCCACACUGUGAGCUCUUUCUUGCCUGGUAUCUCUUCUGGUAACUCUGCUUGCUCUCACAGACUGUCAGAUGUGGAGGAAUCUCAGCUUUCAGAAUGUGGGGGAGAAGAGGAGUUUGGAGGUGGGGAGACUCCUCUGCCACGUAGCAGCAGCACGUCAGAUAUCACCCAACAGCUGUCCGACACUUUACAAGCCCAGAAGAGAGAAUACUCCCCUGCUUCUUGUGGUUCUGACAGUAGGAUAUCGGAGAGCAGGACUGAGUUUAAUGAGCCACCAAUGAUCCUCAUCCAACAGAGCAGCAGUCCAGUGGAAACAGAGUGCAGUACUGAAGGACACCCAAACUUCAUAAGGCCCAAACUCAGAGAUAAAAGUGAAAGCAUAAGUAGCGAGGCAUCCAAUGGCUACGUCAAUGAAGGUGAAGUUACCUGGCAGGCGUUUGAUGAAGAGGCGGAUAAUCACUCCACACAGUCGGCUCAGAUGGACGUGACAGCUGAUCCCCAGAGCCAGGGCAGUCUGCUGCUCAGCCACCAUGAAGCUCUAGCAGGUCCUGAGUGUGCCCUCCCUCCACACUCUGCACCUCCCUACCACCACCACAAUCACCACUACCACUACCCCCAGAACCCCCCCGCUUCACCAGCCCUGCUGGUGCACACAGAGUGCCCGCGGGACUGCCCCCUGGACGACACCAUGCAUCAGUCUGUCUUACACAUGCCACACCACCUGGACAGCAGCGAGUGUCUGGCUGACGACAUCAGCAUCAUUGCCGGUGGAACCCUGACUGGUUGGCAUCCCGAUUCUGCCUUUGUCCUGUGGAGGAGAAUUUUGGGUAUCCUGGGAGAUGUCAACACUAUCCGCUGCCCAAAGAUCCAUGCCAAGGUCUUCUCCUAUCUCUAUGAACUCUGGCAUAAGCUGGCUAAGAUCCGGGACAACCUUGGGAUCAGCGUGGAUAACCAGUCCUCUCCUCCCCAGCCUAUAUUCAUCCCUCCUCUUCGAAUGCUUGCAUCCUGGCUUUUUAGGGCCACCAUACUGCCAGUGGAGUACAAGGCUGGCAAGCUGCAGGCCUACAAGCUGAUCUGUGAGAUGAUGACGAGGCACCAGGACGUGCUGCCCAGCAGUGAUUUCCUGGUCCACCUCUACCACAUCAUGCACAAGGGCUUCACCAGCGAGGACCAGGAUGUUUUGAACACCAUUAUCCGCUCCUGCUCGCCUCGAUUCUUUUUUCUUGGCCUCCCGGGUUUCAGCAUGCUUCUAGGAGAUUUCCUCACCGCUGCUGCUUGUGUCCUCACCUCUGACUCCCCAGAGGCUCCGAGGAUGGAGGCUCAGACACUCCUGGGUUCUCUGGUGUGCUUCCCCAACCUUUACCAGCAGAUUCCCAUACUGCAGCACGGGCCAGGGUCCGAUCACAUCAACAUAUACAGUGAAGAUAUCAAGAAUUAUCUGGUCAACAUCCUGUUGGAGGCGGCCACGAAGGAAUACUAUGAAGGAGCAAGGUGCAUUGCUGUUUGCAGCCUGGGCCUCUGGGUAUGUGAGGAGUUGAUGCAAAAGAAUAUUCACCACCAAGUGAAGGAUGCCAUCAAUAUUCUGGGAGUAACACUAAAGUUUGAAAACAAGGCAGUGGCUCAGGUAGCCUGUGACGUGUUCCAGCUGCUGAUCUCUCACUGGGAACAUCUCCAGAAGCUGGACCCCACUCUCCCCAAGAAGAUUAUUGAGAUCUUUGUGGCCACGAUAGCCUUUUUGUUGCCAACUGCAGAGCACUCAACAGUGGAAGCUGACAAAAAGUUGAUGGUGUCUCUACUUCUCUGCCUGUUGGACUGGUGUAUGGCUGUUCCCCUGAGUCUGCUACUGGAGCCUGUCACCAUGCCUUCAAUGGAAGACCUCACAUCCCACAAGGCCCCGCUGCUGGAUUACAUCUACAGGGUGCUACACUGCUGCGUGUCCGGCUCAAACCUGCACACCCAACAGAGCCACUAUCUUCUCACGCUGUCAGACUUGUCCAGUGACUAUGACCUCAUGUUAGGUCAGGUUAAGAGUUUUGAGCCACCACCUUCCCAAACAGCCGCAGACUCUGGCAAUCUUCUCACUGUAGCUGAUGAAAAGCGUCGGCGAAACAUGGAGCUGAUACCUCUCACUGCACGGGUGGUCAUGACUCACCUGGUGAACCAUCUCGGCCAUCAUCCGCUGAGCGGUGGCCCGGCUCUUCUGCACAGCCUAGUGAGCGAAAAUCACGACAACCCAUACGUGGAGUCGUCCGAGCUGUCUUCUGAGGUCUUUAAAAGCCCCAAUCUGCAGCUGUUUGUCUUCAAUGACACCACACUGGUGUCGUACCUGCAGAUUCCUGCAGAGAAUCCCGUAGUCGGUCAGCCCCCGCACCCUUCCUCUCAAGUGCGUGUCAUCGUACGGGACAUCUCUGGCAAGUACUCUUGGGACGGGGCGAUCCUAUACUGCACCACGCAGGAAGAUUCUCUCGACUUGGGGGUUUUUCACGCAGUCGACGUCCCACUUUCGACGAGCCCGGCCGCUCACAGCCGAAACCAGCCUUCCUCUCCGAUCAAAGGACCACACAAAUAUCACUGUUCAGUUUCAGACUCCCUCUCUUACUGUUGUGAGGAGGAUGAGGAAGAUGUUCUGGAUAAACUGUUGGAGAACCUCAGCGACAGCAGUCCAGAGUGCCUGCCUCAGCCGCGUCUCAGGCUCAAUCAGCCGGCCCCAUCGCCUCGUGGUAUGAACCUGGAGCAAGAGAGCGCCAUACUGGAGGCCAUUCUCCGUCAGGCUCAGCAGGAGGAGGAGCAGGUUCGGAGGUGGGAUGCGGAUGUAAGCUUUCGGGCUGCCUGCCAAAGUGAACCCUGCCACCAGGAACCAAAAUCUCCUUUCUACUUCUGCCGAUUGCUCCUUAACAACCUUGGCAUGAACUCUUGGGAUCGCAGGAAAAGCUUCCAUUUGCUGAAGAAAAACUCUAAACUUUUGAGGGAGCUGAAGAACUUGGACUCCAGGCAGUGCAGGGAGACGCACAAGAUUGCUGUGUUCUACAUCGGAGAAGGCCAAGAGGACAAGUGCUCCAUUUUGUCUAACAGUGCCGGCAGUCAGGCCUUCGAAGACUUUGUAUCUGGACUCGGAUGGGAGGUGGACCUGGCCACACACUGUGGUUUUAUGGGAGGCCUCCAGAGGAAUGGCAGCACAGGCCUGACAGCUCCUUACUACGCUACCUCCACUGUGGAAGUCAUUUUCCACGUAUCCACUCGGAUGUCAUCUGAUUCUGAUGACAGCAUCACCAAAAAGCUCCGUCACCUGGGCAACGAUGAGGUGCACAUCGUGUGGUCCCAGCACACCAGGGACUACCGACGUGGCAUCAUCCCAACCGACUUUGGAGACGUGCUCAUUAUCAUCUACCCGAUGAAGAACCACAUGUAUUUCAUACAGAUCAUGCAGAAACCACAGGUUCCUUUCUUUGGGCCUCUUUUUAAUGGCGCCAUCGUCACGGGGACACUGUUGCCAAGCUUGGUACGGGCCACCUGUAUCAAUGCCAGCAGAGCUGUUAAGUCCCGGCUGACUCUCUACCAGAGCUUCUACGAGGAGCGGGCGCUCUAUUUAGAGGCCAUUGUUCAGAACCACCGAGAAGUGAUGACCUUUGAAGAUUUCGCGUCGCAGGUCUUCUCCCCCUCCCCCGGCUAUCCAGUGAGCGGGACAGGAUCGUUCACCGGUAGCGUGAGCAUCGACGGCGGAAGUGCAGCGACGACGACCGACUCCGCCGACCAGGUGUCUCCCACGAUGCCCCGCUCCACAAAACAGAGAGUUUCAGGGAAACUCCGUCGAUCAGCAAGCGCUAUAAGCAAAUCCUCCACCUGAGCUCACGUCUGGGAGGGAAGCCUUUUUCAGUUUGUUUUCUUCCUCGAAGAACCUCACACACCCAGCUGUGACUGCAAGGGGUUUUAUUUAAUUUAAUCUUUUUUUCCCCCCCAGUCCCAUUUUAUUUUGUGUCAUUAACUGGAGCAUGUUGGGAUUUUAUUUGAAGUGGCUAUCACUGGUUUUGUUGCAACAUUUCAGUUGGAUAAACUGUGUUUAUAUAGAAGGACACGAGAUGAAACUGUUCAUCACGGUGGUUUCCAAGCGACAUAGGAAAACUAGACCUAGAAGUCUUAAAGCAACCUGUGAUGUAAAUGUCGUUUUUAUUCUCACUUUUUUAGCGCGCUCUCAAGGCGCUGGAAAAAAACGAAGUUCUUACAAAGUAAGGGAUUGAGCCGGCUUCACGCCGUUUCUUUAUCAACUAUUUUGACACUUAACUUAACAAAGCACUGAACACCACAGUUGUUAAUGACAUUACGAUAAAAAAACUGCACAGAGAUUGGUAUCCAUUUAUAAAUAAGUCUUGCCUUUUUAUAUCUGCCGCGACCUUUCUGCGUGAAGGAUGCCACUCCGGGGGGUGAUGGAACGAUGCUGAAGCCCCGUAGCACCGGUUUGGGCUCCGUUCCGGACCGUCUUUCUACAAGGACGCGGGAGGGACGUGUGAUGCUCGCUUCGCUGCAGCGUUCUGGCUCAGACCGGCUGGGCGUGGACGCCCCGCAGCGCACCCAGUCCCACACUCGUCCAUUGUUUCCAACCCGGAGUGGACAAUCAAUGGCGUCUUUUUAAUUUCGGACUUAAUGCAAUUUGUUUGCUUCUUUGUUUUUCGACCAUUCUCGUUUUCCUUUUUAAAUGAAUUCCAAUAGAUUGUGUCAAGAUUUGAUUUAUGCAACUCUGCUUGAAUGAAAAAGGACGGCAUUUCUUAAUUGUUUUCUGAUGUCAUUAACUUCGGCUUAUGUCCGGUAAUUGGAUAAGUUCCUCCCGUCUCUUUCCUCUACUAUCAGUUUCCCUUUUCCUGUGAAGCUGAGACAUCGACAUUCCAGCAUUCCCAACCAACAUUUUUGCACUCACUCUCGUUUGAAUGUUCUUUGUUCUCUGGUUUAAAUUGCUUUGAAUUAAAUUUUCUGAGGUGUGCUUGCUAGAUGUAUAUAGAGAGGACUAUUUGAUGAAUUAUUUUUGCUGAUGUGUUUGUAAUAAGUAUUCAUGUGCUGUUAUGAGGAAAAAUACCGGCAGAGCCUCAGGUGAAACUUAACUCCAUGCACUGGUGUGUGUGAAUGUGUGUGUGUGCGUGUGUGUGUGUGUCUGAGUGUUUUACUGUGCAUCUCACAGUGCCUGUGUAAUGUCUGUCUCCUACAGUAAGAUGAUGUUCCACAUUACUGCUGCACCCUGAUCGUCAAAUGUGUUUGGUUUUUUGAUUACGGACGUCACAUCUCCUCGUUUUCUGUCUCACAAGAAAGGCGUUUUUAAUCUCGUGCAUCUCCGUCAGUCUUGUGGCUGCCACAGAGACGGCAGAUGGAUUUAGAGUCACGGCGGUGUGUUGUUCCGUCAUUGUCUUUGCAUGGAGAUGAGUGGCAUCAACUCCUCCUCCUCUUUUCCCAUCCUCCUCUCCCCCACAUCGCCUCCCGAGGCCCGGAGUCUGGGGAGUCUUAGGUUUAGGUGGCAUGCCUGAGCUAGACUUUUACUCACCCUCUUGGCAACAGCCGAGCCAACGCACUCUCUCCUCCAACCUGCCUACUCGGGUUGUCACGGCAGCCAGGUGCCCCCCCCCUUACUACCAACACACAGUCACACUAAUGCACUUGCACCCUCUGAGGGCUCCACCCAUGCUGCAACACUAUCCCCAUCUGUCCUGCUACUACGCCUUACUCUCCACGUCCCUCCGCCAUCCACUUCAUUCUCCCACUUCUCCGUUUGUUUGUUCAUUCCUCAAGCAGAUUCUGGGGAAAACCGUACAGCAGAAAAUUUGACAGACAUGUGUUUGUGCUUUUGUAUUUCAAAGAAUGUAUAGAUACAGUAUGUAGGCCUGGAUCCCAUCUAUGGUUUUUAUUUUCCCCCAAAGCCACAUGAAGAAAAACCACCCAGGAUGAUCAUCUGAAGAUUGUAGGUUAAAGAAAAAUGUUUAUCGAAGGGAUGUGUUCUCUUUUUAGCUGCUUAGUUGCUGGAGGUGUUUGGACCAACUUAAGAUUGUGUAUCUUAUAUAUCUGUGAAGAAAAAUGAGUCUUAGUCUUAGUCUUAAUGUGUUUAUUUUUUUUUUUCUUUUUAAAAUCCUUGUACAUUUUGUCAAAUUUGAAGGCCUCAUUGCCGUCUUAAUAUAAAUUUAUUAAUGCCUGUAUAAUAAUCUUUAUAUAAGAAAUGCCGGGGGAAAAAAGCUUGAAAAUCUCAUCAUAACUUGACGACGUAUCAAACUGUUUUUAAUGACCGAAGUCCAUCUUUAUCAGAAAUGUGAAAAACUGAAACAUUUCAUUAAAUUGUUUUGAAAUUCUA